AAAAUAAAUCAGCCAAAUUUAUGUCAAAUUUGAAAUCCUUGUUUAUGACAUAUUUUGAAAUUAAUUUCCAAGGCUAAAUCUGGCAGAAUUGUGACGGAGGUGGAGGCGCUCACAGGCGAAGUGGUGGUCUAGGAAUUUACAGUGACAGUAGUUUCGAUACAAAGUGGUUUCAAUAACCAGAGUGACAGCGACCGAUGGUGAAUCCGGUGUGGGCGGUGAUGGUUGAUGGUUGAUAACACCUGCGGCCUGAGGGGGAGGGGCGGGGCUUGAGGGGAUGUGCCGACAGUCUGCGGGAGAUGGCUGAGAUAGAAGCUCUUCAUUGCAAAUUGCCGUCCCAUUUAUGAUUUGGUGCAAACCGUCAUUCGCCCCACUAUACUAGUUUCUAUCAGUGUUCUAAAAGGCUCCAUAAGGCCCCGCCUAGGCGUGCAUAGGCGUGAGGCGCCACCUAAAAGCCUCGCAUAGGCACUAAGCGUUGUAAAAGGCGAUAAAACUCACUGUUCACUAUUUUUGUUUGACAAAACGCAGCGCAGAGAAGGGUUUCACUUCAUUUUUUCUCACCCUUUCAAAUACUUCAUACGGACUGGAGGAUUAUCAAUUCCCAACCCUAGGAUUUUAAUAAUCAAGCAUCAACCCAGAAGUCCAAGAAGCAUUCCAAAGAAGUGAAAAGUAAAAGUCUUUCCCCCAAAUAAUCGAAGCUCAUCUCUGCCGCACUCGUCGCCCUGUGUAAGUCAACCGCAGCGAGAUGGGAUUGAGUCUUCAGCUGCUUGUUCCUGCCCAGCUCUAUGCUUCUUAAGGUUGCUCCAGUUUGCUCCUUAAUCAAAUACAUCUUCCUGAUUUGUUUUUAUCCUCCUAAGUUGGGGACUACCUGAUUUUAUCAACAAAGUCUAAGAAUCUGGUAGGAUUUGAUAAUCAAGAAUGGAACAAAAUACUUCUUCUGUUGAUGGGAAUGAGUUAAAUUCUGAUUCUGAUCCUCGGGAUGUUGGGUGGGAAACUGCUGUUCCUAAUAAACCUGACAAUUACAAUGAGGUGAGAUGCAUACCAUGUGGAAAGAUUACAAAUGCGGGAAUAAAUAGGCACAAAUUCCACAUAGCAGGGAUCAAGGGACACGGUGUCAAACCAUGUCCUAAUGCCAGUGUUGAGCAAAAAAGAAAAUGUCGUGAAGCGCUGGAACAAAACAAGUCCCAGAAAUUAGAAAAACUGUUAUGUCAUGCUAGAUUGAGGGAGGAUGUCAUUCUGUCUUCACAGCUUAAUGAAGAAGUUGAACUACAGACUCGGGAAAAAAGACAGUAGGAAAAGGCCUUUUGCGACUAUAGGUCCCAUGGAUGAAUUUUUGAGGCCAAUCAAUGUAACUGACGAAUCAGUGAGUGCUAGUAAGAAAAUGAAACAACAGAAUAUGCAUGAUGCAAUAAACAAAAAAAGGGAACUAGAAGUUCAUCAAUAUCUGUCUCGAUGGGUGUAUGAAGCUGGAAUUCCUUUUAAUGCCGUUGACAAUGACAGCUUUAAAAUGUUUGUUGAAGCUCUUGGUCGAUAUGGUCCUGGUUAUACUCCCCCUUCUCAAUAUCAAUUACGAGAAACACUUUUGAAAGGGGAAGUAGAAAGGAAAAAGGAAAUUCUCAAAAAGCAAGAAGAAGAGUGGAAAAGUAAUGGAUGCUCCGUUAUGACAGAUGCAUGGAGUGAUGGAAAAAAAAGAAGCAUAAUGAAUUUGUGUGUCAAUUGUAAACUAGGAACUACAUUUCUUUCUUCAAAAGACACGAAAGAUGAUUCUCACACAGGUCAAUAUAUAUUUGAAUAUGUUGAUGGGUGCAUUGAAGAGAUCGGAGAAGAAAAUGUUGUUCAAGUAGUUACGGAUAAUGCUUCCAACAAUAUGGCUGCUGCAAGUUUUCUGUCAUUAAAAAGGCCCAAGAUCUUUUGGUCUUCUUGUGCCACUCACACCUUCAACCUCAUGCUUGAAGCAAUUUCCAAACUUCCUAAUUUUAAGGGUGUCAUUCAGAAAGCAAAGUCAUUCACUGUGUUUAUUUAUGCACAUCACAAGUCUUUGGCAUUGAUGAGGAAGUUCACAAAAAGAGAAAUAGUACGCCCAGGGGUAACACGAUCUUUUGCUUCUGACUUCUUUUUUAUGCAACUCUCAUGUUCAUUUGGGGCACCAUCUGUAAGAGCUUACAUGUCCAUAUAAUUUUUUUUAGCAUUGUUCAAUAAUAUAGUUAGAGUAAAAAUGUUUUUUUUACUAGCCAUUUCACAUUUGUAAGGUAAUUCAAGCCACCAAGCCUGCUCAUAUCAGAAUGGACAAAUGUGGAACUCUCUCAUUUAGGCUAAGCCGCUAAGAAUCUUGGUGAACCCUUUGAUGAGAGUGAUGAUAACAGACCGCGAGAGAUCAGCAAUGGAAUCGCGCCCGGAGGUAGAUGAUAAUAAAGAUGAGUUGGCACGAUGAUUGAGAGAGGCGAGCCGAGAUCCAUAUGGGAUGCCAGACAGAUCAUACUCGACGAGGCGGUAGACGUCGUCGAGUGUGGCGGUAUCACUGAGCUCAACGCAAACAACGAGCACGAAAACCAGAACCGUCACCGAGUAAUAG